AUGGAAAACCAAAUACAAACGCAGCCGCAAAUCCACGAGAGCCGGAAGAGCUUUGGGACCAAAGUCGGCGAGUGCUUCAGGAGGAUGUUUUCGUGCUGUGCGGUGCGGGAUGAGGAGGAGGGUGAGGGGCCUAGGAAGGCGUUGGUCAUUAGCAGUCCGACAAACUUUCGCCGCGAAGAGAUAAACAUCCCGGGUUUGAACCCUGAGCAGGAACGCUUCGUCCGCGAAAAAGCCCUCCGCGACGCCGAGCAACUCUACGCCCGCCUGCAACCUCUCAACUCCUCCCCGAGCGGCAACUUCGCCGAACGCCCUCCCUCCGCCUACAACCACGCCCCCAACUUCCCGACUUUCGAACAGUUCACGCAACCGCGGAGCGGACCAUCGCCGCAUUCUUCCAAGAUCGAUCGUGUCAUGGCGCAUGGACGGAAGUUGAGCGAUAACUUCAAGAACUCGUUGGGUCCGGGCGGCGGUGGAGGGGGAUAUCAUGCGGUGGGGAGUCGGCAGGGGUCGGAUAGUGUUGAGAUGAGGGCGUUGAUGGAUCCGAGUCAGACUGCAGUUGGUGGGAGUCCGAGGCCUGGUAUUGGGGGCACGAGCAAGAUGAGUGAGGAUAGUUUGUCGAGGACCACGGUGACGGAGGAGAGCACUGGAGAUUUGGACGCGAAGAAGGGAGGGGAUACGAAGCUGUGA